GUAAAAUAAGAAUAUUAAGCUAUCACAAAUGUGUUGGGUAGUGAUCUUCAUCUCUUCCGUGUAAUUCAUUUUUUCUUUUUUCAUCCCCAGAAUCUAUCAUUCUUUCUUUCCCGUCACCACUAUCUUACUUGUACGUCAAUAUGCCUAUAGUAGAGAUUUCCUGGUGCUGUUGCUUCCUUAGUGUUCCUUGUGGAUCAUCAAACAGGAAGAGAAAGGAGAAAGAGUCACCCACUCCUUCCCAUGAUAAAAGAACAGGUUCUCCCUCCUCCUCUACAGGCAGGCAUGAGAAUAAGAGAAAGGGGAAGAAGAGCUGGUUUCGUUUUCCUCACUCACGUACCAAAAAAGAUGGCAAGAAAAGGACAAAGGAAGAAAACCCAGUUGCUUCUUCUCCUGCACAUGCGGACAAGAAGGACCAGAAGAGGCGAAAGGAUGACGAUAAGAAGGGAAAGGGGAAGGGGAAGGAAGAAAAAUCAACUCUUUCACCUUCCUCGCAGACAAAGAAGGAGGACAACGAGAAGAGGAAGAAAAAGGAAGAAGAGCCAGAGAAGGUGGAGAAGAUGAAGGAAAAGGAAGAAAAACCCACAAAGGAGGAUAAAAAGAAGGGGAGGGAAGAAAAACCCACAAAGGAGGGAAAACUUGGGAGAAAGGAAGAAGGCCCUAAAAAGGAGGACAAUAAGAAAGGAAAGGAAGAAACUACAAACAACGAUCAAACUAUAAAGUACGAUGUUUUUAUCAGUUUCAGAGGAACCGACGUACGACAGACCUUCGUGAGCCACCUCUUUGCUCACAUGAACAACGAGAGGCACCUCCUCACUUUCAAAGACGACGUGAGUCUCAGGCGAGGAGACGAGGUCUCGCCAUCGCUCACAGAAGCAAUCGAGAGAUCCUCGUCGUAUGUCGUCAUCUUCUCCCCAAACUAUGCAACCUCGGACUGGUGCUUGAACGAGCUUGUCAAGAUUAUGGAGUGUGCGAGAAGGUAUGGACGGAAAAUGAUACCGGUGUUUUAUGGUGGAGUGACGCCUUCCCAUGUUAGGCACCAAAAGCAGCGCUACGCUGAUGCAUUUGUUCAACACAAAAAGGAGCAUCCCGACGACAAGGAGAUGGAGGCCAAAAUCAAAAGUUGGAGAAGUGCGUUGACGGAGGCGGCCAACAUUUCAGGGUUUGAGUCCACGGUCGUCAAGCCUGAACGUCGUCUGGUCGAAGAAGUGGCUAAAAGCAUCCUAGGGGUAAUCAGACCAGAAUCAUCUCCUGUCACACAAGGGUUAGUCGGUAUAGAGCCAGAGAUUGAAGCCGUUGAGAAAUUAUUGGAGACCGAUGAUACCAAAAACAACCGUGUAAUAGGGUUUUGGGGGAUGCCCGGCAUUGGCAAAACCACCCUCGCCAAAGCUAUCUUCGAGCAGAUUGAUCCAGACAAAUUCAAAGGACGUCAUUACAUCCAGAAUUUUGCAGGCCAGUUGAAGAGGACCACCACGGUGAUCGACUUGCAAAAUGAGCUCUUCGACAAGUUGUUAGGCGACGAGAAUUCACAUGACAUACCAUUCAAUCUGAAGCGCAAUCGCCUCCGUCGUCUCAGGGCUUUCGUCAUCAUCGAUGAUGUGACAAGCCUACAAACCUUACAAGAGUUAACAGAAGGAAAAUUCAUUUCCAACGGUCAGAUUACUCUACGACAACGUUUCGACACGAGACAAGGAGCUUAAGUGGAACGCCGCCGUUUCUGUGCUGCUGAAGGAGAAGCCAUCCUCUCGGAACGUCACCGUUUCUUCUUUCCUUUUCAGUCGUUGUUUACUUUUCACCCAAGGCUGUCUUGUUUCCCUUCCAAGCUUCAAAACAAACAGAAACUUUGCUU